CGGAGCCAUUUGGGCGGGGCACCCGUCUCGGGGAAGGAGUUGAGAGCAGAGGUCGGCGGGAGAGCGGGCUCUGCGCGAGGUUACAGAAUAUCCAGGCAGCUAGCGGACAUAAAAGCUGCUUUCCAAAUUUAGACGGCAAUUUUAGAUGUGAUGCAGGAUGUCAACUAUUCUCAAGUGUGCUAAAGUCCAAUUCUGCUGACCAGGCAGUCACUUCAGAGUCAUCUUUCUGAAGCGUAAAAAGAGGAUAGUGGCUCACGUGUCAAAGGAUGGCACAGUCACGCUCUAGAUCCCCCAGGUGGAGGCACAGGUCUUUAUCACCAGUGCCUAGAAGUUCUGAACACUGCAAGCAAAGAUAUGAGCAUUAUGGCUACGACUACAGGAAGGAUCCAAAAAGACCCAUCACUUGGAGAAUGGACAAUGAGAAACAUGGACAGAGUAAACCAAGGAUUUCUUCUCGUGAAAAUAUAUAUUACCGAUCUUACGAGCAUAGAUCACCUUCCCCAAGCAUAAGAGGAAACUCUUCAGAAAAGUUUUGUGCUUAUAAGCCUCCCCAAGUAUAUUUACCAGAAAGAGGAGAUGAUAGUAACAGAAGAGCUCAAUAUGUGCCCAGACACUCAGAAGGUAUAUUCUACAAAGAGCACCAGAGGAGUUGUUAUCCCCAGAAAGCACAAGGAAGGUAUAUUCCUGAUGACCACAGAAAUAGAGGAAGUGGAAAAGGAGGGACAUCACCUGUGAGAUCAACACCAGUUUCUUUUAGAUUCGAAGGACAUUGGCAUGAAGAUGAACCGAGGCACCAGAGGAUACAAGAUGAAAAAUACUCUCAGUCACUUAGAAGAGGCUCUGAAGAUUUUGAGAAAAGGAGCUCUUUUCAGAGGAGGUAUCCUGAGGAUCAUGAUUUCAGAAAAUAUGGACACACAUCAAAAAGACCUCAAGAUGUGGAGAGGUAUGAAAACAGAGAGCCUGCCAGGAGUCCGCAGUGGAAGUCCAGGCAUUUUUCUGCUCCUUACCAAGAGAAGAAAGAUCAGUGGAACUUCGAAACCCAAACUCAUCGAUAUGCUCCAAGGGAAUUCCCAGAGACCAGUUCAGCAGCCAAGGUAUCCUGUGAUUCUCGCCACAAAUAUUGGAAGACCUCAGACGGCGACAAGGACUUUUAUGAUGGAAGAGCUCAGAAGUACCCUAAGGAAGAAGAUAGAAAAUUGGGUUCUCAAAAAUGCCCUGUGAAUAGAGAGUCCAGUUGUUCUCAUGCUGGAAGAGGGAGAGAGACUGAAGGUGGGCAAGUCAGAGAAUCUUCUAAGCCAUCUAAGAAAGACUGCGCUGCCUUAACCCAUUCAGAUAAAAGCGAUGUUGAUUCGAGAUCCUAUAAGGACACACGAAAGGACAAAAUCAAGAAAGAAAGGGCUGACAGUAAAGAGAGCAAUUCUUCCUGUAACCAACUUGAUAAUAGUGAUUCUGACUUGAAGCCUUCAUUUGUAUUUCUUAGGAAGAAGUCACUUACAGUUAAAGUAGAUGUGAAGCAAGCACAGGAUACAUCUAGGGUUGCUUCUAGCUAUUCCAAAGAGAGACAGAUGUCACAUGAUUUGGUUGCUGUUGGCAGGAAAAGUGAAAACUUUCAUCCAGUGUUUGAACAUCUUGACUCAACUCAGAAUACUGAAAACAAACCUACAGGAGAAUAUGCUCAGCAAAUCAUAACUAUAAUCCAUCAAGUUAAAGCAAAUUAUUUUCCAUCACCUGAAGUAACUCUGCAUGAGCGUUUCUCAAAAAUUAAAGUUAAAAAAGCUGCAGAUGUAAAGGAAACUAAGUUGAGCUCGGAUCCAGAAAUUCACAGGAGAAUAGAUAUGUCUUUGGCCGAGCUUCAGAGUAAACAAACUAUGGUAUAUGACUCAAAACAGACUCUGGUCAAAAUAAUAGAUCCAAAUGACCUACGACAUGACAUUGAAAGAAGGAGAAAAGAACGGUUACAGAAUGAAGAUGAGCACAUUUUUCACAUAGCUAGUGCUGCAGAGAGGAGUGAUCAGCAUUCCAGUUUUUCAAGGUCAAAGGAUACUCAUGUUGAUGGAUUCCAAAAACCUACAUCUAUUGAAAAAUCAAAUUUUAGAAAAUUUAUUCAGAAACCUUACUCAAAUUAUCCUGUGCAGAGAAAAGAUAUCAUUACUCACAGACCAUUUGAAGGUGAGAAAAGCCAUCAAAAUACAAGAGGCUUUAGAAGACCUUUUAAGACCAACUUUAGAGGUGGCAGAUUUCAUUUCCAACAUAAAUCAGACCUAGUACAGAAGAGCUUGUACAUUCAGGCUAAAUAUCAGCGUUUACGGUUCGCUGGUCCAAGGGGAUUUAUCACUAAUAAAUUCAGAGAAAGAUUACUGAGGGAAAAAAAGGAAUAUACAAACAUUAACCCAGCAGUCUAAUCGGAAAUUGUUAUAAAUGGAAACGACACUACAGGAUGAUAUUUGGGAGCAUCUUUUUAUCAAGAGUUAGAAUUGGCACUAAAGCACUAAUACUGUAACUUUCUUGAUAAAAUAAUUUUAUUUUUCUGUAGUGGAAUGCUGCAACUUUUUUACACUUAACAAUUGCUUUUAAAUUACAGUAUUCAAUUUAAAAGUUGUAUUUACUACAGCUUCUUUUGCAAAAAGUCUCAAAAGGGCAUUAUUUGUUGAUGCAUUUUUCUCUGAGCAUGGUUUCAUAGAGAACUGAGUUAUAUCCAGACGUUUCUAUGUUGAAAGUUUUGCUUAUGAAAUAAAAACAAAACAAAGUAUAUGAAUUGUAUAGUGUCUGUACAUGAAAGAACUUUAAACAGUGGCCUUACAUAGCAAUUUUUAUAUCAGAUUUUUCUUUUUCUGAUGACAUUUUGGCUUACAACUUGAAGUUUUCUUAAGCUUCUGAAGAUCAAGGUCUAUAUACUUCAUACAUUUCAUAUUAUGACAUAAGAAAGCGCAAAAAAGGUGCUUCAAAUUUUCCAUCAGGUAGUUAUGAGUGCACUGAAUUUUUAGUAAUUGGUUCAUUCAGUUUUUUUCCACAAUUAUUUGUUCUUUUCCAGUUUCAAAAUGCUAUUGUGGAAAAUACAUAAAGGUUUUAUAAUCUAUAUUCCAUCUUACUUUCCCUCAGGGUAAGCUUGUGCAUAUCAUAUUUUUAAAGGCUUUUAAAAAAUUGACAGACAAAAAUCUCAUAUUUGGAAAUUGUACUUUACUACAGCAUUACACAUUUUGCAAGCACAUAUUAUAAAGUGUUUAUUUUCAGUUCAGUUGUAUUGAGUACCUACUAUGUGUAAGAUAACAUCAAUGAGACUUUCAAUGAUAUUUUAAGUCUCAAUACCUUGUUUCUUUGUUUCCUGUUUUCUGCUUAAUAAUAAUAUACAUUCCCACUUACAUUUUUGUCAACUGUUUAAUUGUAAUGAAAUAAAAUGCUAUUGCUCCUUCUGCUUGAAGCAA